AUGCGCCCACCAUCCUAUGCAAUUGUCAGCACCGUCAUCCAGACAUCUACGCAGCAGGCAGCCAUCACAUCCAAUGCCAUAUGCAAAGCCACAUUACAAGAGGAAGAACGUCGGCAAAAAGGUGGAGGGAUUACCGCAAUGUUUGCGCAAUUGUUGAAGGGCAAAUCUAUGACAAGAAAAUCAGCAAGGAACAACCCAAAAGGGAAGAGGAAGGACUUAGGUCCCCCUUGCGCCAACUGCUCAAAGCCUGGUCACACCAAGCAGGAAUGCUGGGCAAAAGGCGGUGGAGCCAAAGGCACUGGUCCCUGGCAGAGACAGCAGAACUCAAAGCAGUCAAAGGACAAGUCCAACAAGUCCCAAGCCAACACAUCAAAAGGCAACUCCGCUAAGGUUGCCGUAACAGAUAAAUCAGGCAAUUCCUCUGUAGGCCCCAAGAUAUAUGCGCUCACUGUAUUGGACAAAUUGUCACAUAACAAGAACACCUGGCUACUUGAUUUGGGUGCAUCAAGACACAUGACGCCAAAUCGGCAUUGGUUCUACACCUACCAGACACUAACACCACCAAUCCAAAUUCAAGUGGGCAAUGGGAACUUGAUCCCUGCAAUUGGUGUUGGCCAAGUUCAUGUAAUGUUAUACAACCGUCACGGCGUCAAAACUCCUGCGUUCAUAAAAACUCACCCAGGAGGCACCAAUGUGCUCUUCUGUAAAUCAUUUGGCGCAAUUCUUGUAGGUGACCAAGGCAACGGGCCUGAAAUAGGCUUUGCUAGAGAAACAUCUGGUCAGCUAUACAAAGUUAAAUGCGUUGUAAAACAUACCAAGGUUGACACAUACAUGGCUAUUGUUGAGUCCAAAAGCAUCAACAACAGGGACAAUAUUGAUGCAGGUGAAUUUGUUGCAUAUGCCACCGGGAAAAUUGCACACGCAGACCUCAAGACCUGGCACAGACAAUUGGGUCAUGUCAGCUAUGAGUACGUUCUUGACAUGUUUUGGAACGGCUCAGUACAUGGAAUGGACAUUGUAGGAAAGCGCUCACCUCCACAAUCUCCAUGCAAACCUUGCCUCAAAGGCAAACAUGCAUGUGCACCAUUUGUUCCAUCACAAUCCACCUUGUCUGCAGUCCUUCAACUUAUGCAUAGCAAUCUCCACGGCCCAGCUGCAGUCCAAGGGAUUGGCAGGAUUUGA